AAAAGCUAUGAAAGAGAAUCGUUUUUCCAUCUUUUACCAAUAGAAGUUUCAAAAACAUAGAAGCAAGCACGCAGAGACAUGGCUGCAAAUAGUAGUAAGGAUGGUAGAUGGUCUCUUCGAGGAAUGACUGCUCUCGUUACUGGCGGUAGCAGCGGAAUUGGGUAUGCAAUAGUGGAGGAACUGGUAGGAAUGGGAGCAACCGUGCACACAUGCUCUUAUAAUGAGUCCCAGCUCAAUGAAUGCCUCCGCGAAUGGGAAACAAAGGGUUUUGCAGUGACUGGUUCAGUCUGUGAUGUAAAAUCUCGGGCCCAAAGAGAAGAUCUAAUGGCCUCUGUUUCAACUCUGUUCAAUGGCAAACUUAACAUCCUUAUAAACAACGUGGGGACAGGAAUAAAGAAACCAACUAUAGAAUUCACAGCUGAUGAAUUCUCAUUUAUCGUGAACACCAACCUUGAAUCUGGUUUUCACUUGUGCCAACUUGCCUAUCCUCUUUUGAGAAAUUCAGGAAGUGGAAGCAUUGUUUUUAACUCUUCGGUUGCUGGUGUUGUCUCAGUAAGCGUUGGAUCUCCAUACGGACUAACUAAAGGAGCGUUGAAUCAACUUGCAAAGAAUUUGGCGUGCGAGUGGGCGAAAGACAAUAUCAGAAUCAAUGCUGUGGCUCCCUGGGUCAUCAUUACAGAUCUUACUAAAGCUUAUUUGGAAGAUGAAAAAUAUAAGGAGGCUGUAAUAUCUCGAACUCCUAUGGGACGCACAGGAGAGCCAAAGGAGGUGUCUUCAUUGGUGGCAUUCUUAUGCAUGCCAGCAGCUUCAUACAUAACUGGACAGACUAUUUGCGUUGAUGGAGGGAUGACUGUGAAUGGCUUCUCAUUUCCUUAAAUAUAUUCUGAACCCUAUGCUUCAAAUAAACUUGCCGUUAAUAUGUGUUGUAAUAAUAAGAAGCAUGGAGAUGUUUGCUGCUAUAUGCUUCAUUAAACAAUUGUUGUUGGCAUAAUUUAUCCUUGAAUUCACUGUCAUUUCUGUCCAUGAAUAUGGGUCAAGUGUUGGAGUUUUAAUGGAAUCUCUUUCUUCAAAAAAAAAGAGAAAGUGUU